CCAGUGAAAUGUAGAAGUUCUGCUUGUGGUGCUCCUCUCAUCAAACAAGAGCCAGUACAUAAUGUUGAGGCCAGCCCACUUUCAUUCCUGAAGCAGGAGAUCGUGCACAUGUCUGUUAAGCAAGAAACUCUAGUUGAGGCUGACCCACUUGCAUUCCCAAAGCAAGAGAUCGAGUACAUACCUAUUAAGGAAGAAACUCCGGAGUGGGACAUGCCUGAUGACCAUGAUAGUAUACAUGAUCCACUAAGCGUCAUUAAAGAGGAAUGUUCAUCUUCAGAAGAUUUUCUCAGCUCUAGAGCUCUCAGCAUUAAGGAGGAAGAGGACAGGAAAGACAAGGACACAAUGAGGGAGGAUGACUUUCAGGAGCUCAGACAUAAAGUGGAGCCAAGAAGUAGUGGCAGUGAACCAGAACGUGCUAUCCAUGUUGGUGCAGAGGAUGACAAGACUAAUGAUGACAGCGGAGAUUUGGUUACCUGCAUUCCACUGGCUUCAGGAACAGGCGACAGGCUACAGUGCAGCACCAAGCAGGAAGCAUCCUGUGGGAAUAAAAUUUGUGCUAGAUAUGUGGGGCGCAGAUGUAGCAUCUGCAAAACGACAUUUGCACAGUUGCAGGAACUGAAGGAGCACACGCACUUGAACAGACAUGAACUUACGCAAUCGUGUAGCAUGUGUCACAAAACUUUCACAAAGAGUUCCGAUUUGAAGAGGCACAUUAGAGUGCACAGCGGUGAACGCCCCUACAGCUGUAGCGUUUGCAAUCAGACGUUCGCUCGAAAUUCGGCACUGAAGCAGCAUUCACGAUUGCACACUGGUGAACGUCCAUACAGCUGUGGUGUUUGCAACAAUACAUUCGCACAUAAUGAUUCACUGAAGCAUCAUUUGCUGUUGCACACUGGCGAACGUCCCUACAUAUGUAACAUUUGCAACAAAAGUUUCAUUGUCAAAAGUAAACUGAGGGAUCAUUUGCGGGUGCACACUGGCGAACGCCCCUACAUCUGUGGCAUUUGCAACAAGACUUUCAUUGUCAAAAGAAAACUGAGGGAUCAUAUGCGGGUGCACACUGGCCAGCGCCCCUACAUCUGUGGCGUUUGCAACAAGACUUUCAUUGUCAAAAAUAAUCUGAUGGAUCAUUUGCGAGUGCACACUGGCGAACGCCCCUACACCUGUGGCAUUUGCAACAAGACAUUCGCUCGUAAUUCGGCAUUUUAUCAGCAUUUACGAUUGCACAGUAGUGAACACCCACACAGGUGUGUCGUUUGCAACAAGACAUUCACUCGUAGCUCGACACUCAAGCAGCAUUCGCAGCUGCACACCAGUGAACGCCUAUAAAGCUGUGUAGUGUGUCAUAAGAGAUGCAGAGUCAUCACCAUGUUGAAGGAACACUCGUGAUUGCACACUGGUGACGAAAACAUAAAUUUGCAACAUUUAUCAGAUGUAACUUUUUACUGUAGCAACAUGCAAAUGCACCUAGUUCUCCACAUAAGCGGUCAUUCUAUACUUAUGUAUUUCCUCAGAGGUUCACAAUGCCCACAGUAUGCGUAAGUGCCACAUGAAAAUGGACUGUGAGUGCACAGUGGUUAAUAUUAGUAAUGCUGUGAUUGUACUAUAAGUAGCUGAAGAGGAGAAACAGCUUAAAAAGUACUUGUGAAAUCUCACAUCUUGUGUGAUUGCAAUAUCUGUAGGUCCUGCAGGGUCACAGGGAGUAGUGAUAGUUUUCAUUAUCUCAUCUAAAAAGUGAAGUUAAAUAGUUAAUGUUUCUUCGUUUUAUAUGUACAUAUCUGGUACACAUUGAGAUCUCUGUGCCUCUGUGCAGUUGCACGCAGCUAGACCAACUAAAACGAUGUGGAGCAACCCACUUCCACUUUAUCAGUAGCCUGUGCCAUUUUUUUUCCCUGUCCUCUAGCGGUGUGGUGAAGUACUUUGGCACAGGGAUUUCAGAGCAUCCAAGAAUUCCAGAAUUGUAUCUGCAACAAAGACUACCUAACUUUAGUUUUUCCUUUCUCUUUCCUUUUGUCUUAUUGUAAAAUGUGGUUAUCUGAUGCAGUGACACUUGGCCAUAUUUUCCAUCCAAAGCCACAGUAGCAUUGAUUGGUUGCAAGACAUCAUUGUGAUUGGAAUUCAUUUUUUAUUGAAAUAAAAAUAAU